CGCAUAUUCAAAUUUGGAGAUCAAAGCCGGCUGGAUACCUUUCUACAUUUCAACAGGUCCAUUUGGCCACUGUUCAUGAAAGUAUUAGUAGCUGUGGUCCAUUCCACCAAAUAAACUCCAAGCGAUCCCUUCCCUAUAUAAUCCAGUGUAUUUCAGAUUUCCAUAACAACUCGUCUUCAUCAAUAACAAAGAAGACGAUGAAGAUGACCAACUUAUUUUGGCUGACAAUACUAUUAUGUUCCUGCUUCUCAUUACCACGCCUGCACGAAGCUAGCCAAGAAGAGACGCUAGGAAAGCUGAUAGAAGCAAAGAGGUCAUCAUUUUCUUCCCAACAAUCUGAUUUAGUCUCGGGAUUUGAGACCACUAAGUCCACCAAAAGGGCCAAUCUCAACGCACAGGAUGGGUCAAUGGAAGGAGAUAAAAUCUCCAAGCUUCCAGGCCAACCUGAAGGUGUUGAUUUCAAUCAGUAUGCAGGUUACAUUACUGUGGAUUCAGAGAAUGGAAGGGCGCUUUUUUACUAUUUCGUGGAGUCACCAACUGAUUCAUCCAGUAAACCGCUUCUUUUGUGGUUAAAUGGAGGACCCGGAUGCAGCUCGCUUGCUUAUGGAGCUAUGAUGGAACUAGGACCAUUCAGAGUAAACAGUGAUGGAAAAACUCUCCAAAGAAAUAUUUAUGCAUGGAAUAAUGUGGCAAACGUAAUCUUCUUGGAAUCUCCUGCGGGUGUGGGUUUCUCAUACUCGAAUACGACGUCGGAUUAUGAUAAGAAUGGAGACAAGAGAACUGCUGAUGAUUCCUACACAUUUUUAGUAAAUUGGAUGGAGAGAUUUCCACAGUACAAGAAUAGAGAUUUUUUCAUAACUGGCGAAAGUUAUGCUGGCCAUUAUGUACCUCAGCUUGCCUACACGAUUCUUAUGAGAACUAAGACCGCAUCUGGAAAAGCUAUUAAUCUCAAGGGAAUCGCUAUUGGAAAUGCCUUUGUCGACUACAUAGCAAAUGCAAAGGGUACUAUUGAAUAUCUUUGGAGCCUUGCACUUUUCUCAGACGAAACAUUCUCAGGC